CGUAACAUAAACAGAAAUGGCCGCCUCCACUAAACGAAAGCAUGAACCCGAUAACAAGAAAGCUAAGCAAAAAAGAAAUCUUGUGUCGAUGGAUACGACUGAUAAAAAGUUGUGUGAAUUUUUAGAAUGGUGUGAAAAGAACAACUUUAAUAUUUCUCCUAAAGUUCAAGUAAGCAGAAAAGGAUCUUGCGCCCAAUAUGGGAUGGUUGCUGUUGAAGACAUAGCAGAAAGCUACUGCCUGUUUCAAGUUCCUAGAACGUGUUUACUAACACCAGAGAACUCUACCAUCAGUGACCUCAUAGAAAAAGAUAAAUCCAAUUUAUCAGCAACCAACCAGUGGAUCCCGCUAUUGAUUGCUUUGUUACAUGAAAAGAAUGAUCCCUCAUCCUUUUGGAGCCCGUACCUCAACCUUUUUCCAGAUUUCCAGUCUCUGAACUUACCCAUGUUCUGGGAGGAUUCAGAGGUCAAACAGCUUUUGGCAGGGACAGGGGUGGACACUGCUGUUGAAAGGGACAUAAAAAUGAUUCAAGAUGACUAUAACAAACGAGUUGUUCCAUUUUUUGAUACACACAAUCAGUUAAGUGGGGACAAGAGGGAUCUGGACCUGUUUAAAAAAAUGGUUGCUUUUGUUAUGGCCUAUAGCUUCACUGAGCCUCAGUACAAGGAGAAGGAUGAGGGAAGUGAUGAUGAAAUAGAUGAGGAAGAAGAAAAGACCAUGUCACCCCCAAUUAUGGUACCACUGGCGGAUGCUUUAAAUCACAUUACCAAAAACAAUGCUAAGCUGACCUUUGGGGAGGAGGCACUUAAAAUGGUCUCAACUAGGCCAAUUAAGAAGGGCGAAGAGAUAUUCAACACAUAUGGCCAAGUCUCUAACCUUCAUCUAAUGAACAUGUACGGGUUUGCUGAGCCCUACCCUGAUAACACCAAUGAUGUGGUGGAGAUACCUGUAGAGAGAGUGCUAGAAGCAGCCAAAGAUGUCCAGCCAACUGAUUCUGCAUUUCUUGAUGAAAAAUGGGAAUUCCUCAAAAGUCAGGAAGUUGUAGUCGACAGCGAUGUGAUUGUUCUGGGUCAAGAUGGCAUUCUCACAGAUGAAACGUGUACUCAAGUACUUAAGGUAAUCACCAUGAAUAAAACAGAAUUUAAAGAUUACAGAGAAAAAGAAGGCUGGAGUGAUGCAGAAAGCGAUUCUUCUGUUGUUGAAUCUAAACUUGACUUUGCUAACCUUCACUUGGUGGAGUCGCAGUGGAAAUCUAUACUUAAAAGAUUGGCUGAAAUUCACCUGACCAAGUAUCCCACCACCUUAAAGGAAGAUCAAGAAAAAAUAAAACAGGUAGAAACUUUCAAACCAAGGGACAGAUUUGCAUUAUAUGUUGCGCAUAGCCAAAAGAUGUUGCUCCAUCAGUUAAUAAACCUGUGCAAAUGA